UCGUGGCACAUCCGAGGCAUGAUUUGCAUUCACCUAUCGGGACGGGCAGACUCGAAGCGAAGACUGGAGGUGAUUAAGGCUACACCAACAUUCGGACAAACACAAUCCAGAGUACUCCUGUAUGUACGCAAGAGGAGCGGGUCGGGGUCGAGGCAGGGGACGAGGAAGGUGGUCGGGUUGCAAUAGGUACUGGAUGGAGUACCAAAAUACUCCGCCAGCUACCAAUGCGAUCGCGCAGCCUAGCCCGCCACCUGCGCAUCCAGGCGUUGUUCAACCAGCGGCGUACCCCCCGUAUCCAUACGGAUGCGUUACUCCCCCGGUCCAACUACCGCCUCCUCCGACGUGGCAACAAGGGGCGAUGAGCUACCCUCCGCCUGCGCGAGAGAAACAGGGCCCAACCGCAAAUGCUUUUCCGGGGCCAGGUAAUAGGGCCUGGUUCACUCGCGAGCACUUGGAACUCAUCGAGCGAUGGAAGAAUAGAGACCUGCUUGAAGAGUCAAGAAGAAAGAACGAAGAAUCUGGAGAAAGCAGCAAGAGCGAGAACACGAGGAAGACUAAAGGGAAAGCGGCAGCGAAGUCCGAAGAUGGGGAACAAGGGCUGAAGAACUGGAUGGCUGCGAAUUUCGGCGCUUCACUCAAGGAGAUUGCGAAUAAGUUGGACGCAGUUGACAAGAAGACCAAGGCAGCCGAUCUCGAACGCGAGAAGCUGAUGAAGAAGGUCGCCGAAUUAGAAACAGGACACAACAAGGAUGGCGGGAGCAACAAGAAACGGAAACGAGUUGUUGGUGCGAACUCACCCGUACCAGAGAGACAGAAGUCGAGGUCGCGGUCACGCAGCGACAACAUUCAAAUCCGACAACCAAGUAUUUUGGUUUCGUCUGAUGAAGAAGGCAAGAGCAGUGCCCCGCAGGGAGGGGAGAUCGAAGACGAACCGAAUAACCGCACCGACGAGCCCGUGAAGCUGGACGACGUCAUGAAGAUGUUGGCUGUAAUAGCCAACAGGGUUAACCUGGAGGACGCCCCCGGAGCUGGAAAGAAGGGUGAUGUGUCAGAUGCGACCAAGGCCAGCACCGUGCAUAACGAUGGGAAUACGGACGAUAAGAGCGAGGAGUCGGAUGAAGACGCGGACAAACUUCUAGUCAACAAGGGAUAUGGUGCCGGGGGCAGGAACGAGACUGGAAUUAUGGAGUACAUGCGUCAGAGGCUCGAGCACUACAUGGACAUGAAUGGGAAGAAGGUGAAGAGUCUCUAUACCAAGAACGGGAUCAAGUUUUUCAAGUGGGAACGGAAGGAUAAAGGAGCAUGGGAGUUGGCCAAACAGGAUACAGAUGAAUUCACCAAGCUUAUCAACGGCAAGGAUGGAUGUGAUGCCGACACCGAAUCAAGUUCGGAUAAGGAAGGCGGUGGUGGUACGGACGGAGAAGGUUCUGAUGGAGUGCAAGUGAACUAGAUCCUGUCUAAACGUAGUCUGACAAUGACACUUCGAAGGAUUUGCGCUGCGAUUCCUCG